CGCGGGUGGAAGAGCUCGUGGAGCGGCUGGCCCUCGCCGAGAGGACGCUGGAGGCCUUCACGGGCGAUGCUGAGCUGGCCGACAGGCUCGCCGCGGUGGUGCCUGCGCUGGACGCGCUGGUCAACGGCGAGCAGCCCUCCUGGCUGGCGCGGCUCAGGAGGAACGUCGCGCUGCACGCCAAGGCGGGCGCCAUCAAGGGGCGCAUCGCAGGGGCGGCGGCGAACGAGCUCAGGAAGGCGCAGAAGCAGGAGCGCCUCGGGAAGCCCCCCUUCCUCAACCCCUCGGCGACGGAGGAGGUGCACGAGGACAAGGCGGGGGCCGCGCAGAAGCAGGGGCAUGCGGCUCAGCAGGUGCAGAGGAUGCUGCACGAGAGAGAGCUGCCCCAGGCAGCGCCCGAGGACGUCCUGGGCGCGAACUGGCUGGCGCCAGGCUGCUGGCAGCCAGGCGACCCCGAGCUGGAGGCGCGGGCCUUCGGAGAGGGAUUCGCAAGUGGCUGGCGGCUGGCGGCGCGGCGCGCGGAGGCCUCGGAGGGCCCCCCUGCGGCUGAGGCCACGCAGGUGGUGACCAUCUGGACUUGCUGUCUGGAGGCGGGGACGCGGCCCGAGAUGCACGGCAUCGGGAUCGAGCUGCGGCGCCUCCCCAAGGACAACCGGGCCCCGCCCGAGCCCGCGGCGGCGAGCGACCGCUCGAUAGAGUACGGCGUCCGCCUGGGCCCCACGCAGCGGCAGCAGGGCAUCGACGGCGAUGGCGAAGUGCUGCCGCUAGCGGCCGAAGGCGGGAGCGGCGGGCCGCAGCUCGAGGGCCCCCAGGGCGCUGCGGCCGCCCGCGCCCGCGACCUCGCCGAGCUCUACGCCGCCUUCUUGGAGGAGAUCGGGCGCUGCGGCUCCUGGCCUGCGAAGCUGGCCUACGCCGGGCGCUCGGGGACAGAGGCGGCGCGGGGCCUGGAUCCUGGAGGGGCCGCGAGGCGGCUUCCCGCCCCGCCCUGCGAGCAGCUGCAGCGGGCAGGGCCAAGGCUCGUGGCCUUUGGCGGGGGCGCAGCGGGGCCCGAGGGCGCGCAGAAGCUGGAGCAGGCGGUCCCGCAGGUGCAGCAGUCGGUGCUGCACGAUGAGCAGCUCCAGGCAGAGCCCGAGGGCGACCUGGGCGAGGGCUUGCUGGCGCCAGGCUGCUGGCAGAAGUGCGACCCUGAGCUGGAGGCGCGGGCCUUCGGAGAGGGCGUCGCUUGCGGCUGGCGGCUGGCGACGCGGCGCGCGGAGGCCUCGAUGGGCCCCCCCGCAGCCGAGGCCAGCGGCGGCUCCGAGAGCACUGUGGAGUGCGACGUGGAGUCGGAGAAGGAGGCGUGCGACGAUGCGGCCGAUGACGCGCACAGCAGAGUGGUUGCGGCCGAGUCCGAGGCGGAGCUGUUCUUCCUCGACUGGUUCGGGCAAGACUCUGAGUGCGGCAUCGAUAGGGUGAAGCUCAUCCAGGAGUUCGUGGACGAGGGCUUCGACAUCGGCUUGAUGCUCGACUUCCUCGGCCCCCCUUGGUUUCUGGAGCGCUUCACCGAGAUCGACGGCGUCAUCCACUGCAUCGAGGACUGGGACGCCGAGAGCUCAGGCGGCGGUGACGCCUGGGAGGACCUCUCGGCGGUGGCGCAGCGGCAGCAGGGCAUCGACGGCGAUGGCAAGGAGCUACCGCGUGCGGCCGGGGACGCGCACAGCAUGGAGUUUGCGGCUGAGUCCGAGGCGGAGCUGGACGACCGCGCGGGCCUCUCGGCGGAGGACCAGACCACGGCGCAGUUCCGAGACGCGUCGGCAGGCCUCUUGGCGGGCCUUGAGGCGCAGCUGGCGCGCGUGCGGGCGACCGUGCGACCUCCGUGGUGGAAGUCCGUGUCCCCACCCUGUGAGAUGCAACAGAAGCAGCAGUGGCAGGCCUGGCGCGACAUCGGCUCAGACGACGACGUCGAGGGCUGGCACCAGGUGGGGCAAGCUGGACGAGGACCGCAGUGCAGUAAGUGCGGCUGCAAGAGGAACACCAAGGGCAGCAAAUUCUGCAAGGCCUGCGGCCACAAGCUUGCGGACAUCAGCCCAGCCGUUGCUGCCAAACCCGCUGGCCUCUGGAGCGAGCAGCGCGAGCAACAACUCGGUGGGGAUGAUGGCAAGGACGGCAAAGGUGGCAAGAAGGGCAAGAAAAGCAAGGACACGGGCAAAUGUGGCGAUCCAGCCAAGCUUCCUCGGGCACCUGGCGCACAGUUCCUGGUGGCCAAGGAUGGCCCCUCAGUGGAGCUCGGGAUCCACGAGCUGGAGCAGCUGGUGGCCACUUUGGAGAAGCUGGGGGAUACGGUCAGCCUCGCGAAGCAUAGGCGCACCCUGCAUGAGAGGCGCAGACUUCAGCAGGAGGCGCUCUACGUCCCGCCCUUGUCGCAGAGGGUCACCCACGCCCACAAGCAGGUGCAGGAUGUCGUGCAGAAGCUGGAGAAGGCGGUCAUGCACUUCGAGCGCCUCGAGGAAGGCCUUGAAAGUCAGCGUCGUUGGGUCCAAUCUCUCUGCGAGGACAUGGAGACGAAGAAGGCGGAGCACCGCAAGCUGGUGGUGGAGCUCAAUCGCCAGGUGGUCAACAUCAGCCAGGAUUCAGCUCCUGCAGUUGCCCCCAUCAGCGUGGCUGGCAUCUUGGACGGCUCCAUCGAGGAGAUCCCUCUCUCGUUUGCUGGCCUGGGGUUCGACGACGCUGAGUAUGAGAUGGAUGCAAAUGACAGGAAGGAGCUGGCUGAACGUAGCGCCCGUCUCAAGAGCGAGCUGUCCCAGGCGGUCAAGCAGAUGUUCGGGCAGGCGGCGGAGAAGGCCAAGCUCUUCAAGGAGGAGCAGGAGGCCAUGGCGCUACGGCUGGCUGGCAAGAGGCGGCCUCUGCCUGAGGGGGCAGACCCCGUGGGCGAGGUGGCUGAGUGCGAUCGGCGAGCGCCCUUGGCCGAGACAGCUGGAUCUCUGCGGCCAGCUGACCGUUUCUGGAGCAACAAGACCGUGGACCUCGACUGGCCUCAGGUCGGGGGGUUCCUGGUCCCUGCCCUCGCUCGCCCAGACGAGGGCACAUCGAUGAUCGGCAAGCAGUGCUGCAAGCAGCUGCAUGCCGAGCCAGAGGGUGUCAUGCCUGUGGCCAGGGGGCGGAGGCCUGUGGUGAUGGUGCCUUCACCUGAUGUCGCAGAUCCUGCUCGACAGCAGGCCAUCCAGGACUUCGCUGACAUGAGGGCGGACCUCAGGGACUGGGCAGCCGCUUGGUUCGACUCGCACUCUGAGCUGGAGACCGACAGCGGGCACUGGAGGCGCUGGCGCAAGGCUUCCUUGGGCGCUAAGCUUGCCGACGGCGGGAACGAGCCUCUCAGGCGCCUGCUGAGGAGUUGGUUUCCUGACAGAGGCUGGGGCAGCAUCCUGGACGGCCUCUGCCUCAGCGGCAGGUGUCAGGCUGAGCCCCGCCGCGUCGCCUUCGCGGUCAGGCUCAACAGAG